UGUAGCACCUGAGGAGAGACGGCAGAGCUCCGCCACCAUCUCCGAGUCGCCCCUGUAUCCGAUCCUGGCUGACACAAAUAGACUUGCUUAAUUAUGAAUGGACUAUUUUAACAAAUGCAGCUUGCAUUUAAGAACUUGGUUUUAAAAAUAACCUUUCUUCUACUCUCAAGAAUUGUAUCUGCUUCUCAUUCCCCCCCGACAUGUCUGUCAGCUAUUUGCAUCUCCUCUUUGCUCUCUCCCACCUCAUCAGUUGUCAGCACUUUAGCGGGCUUCCACAGAUCAAGGCAACCGUGUCAAUAACCAUGUUCGCACAGAUGAAAUCUCUGAUCGGUGGGAACUUGAUGACCAUGAUCAGAGUGUUCAGGCUGUUUGGCUGCAAUGGAGAAGGACACAUCCGGCAGCAUGAGUUCUGUCGCAUCCUGGACAACUACUGCAUCUGUCUGACAGAGGAGUUUCAAAGGAGUUUCAGUGGCGGCAGUUAGGGUACAUCUGACUUAGUUUGACACAACAAAUUGCACAUCAAAUCUGUGCAGCAGCAUUCUAAGGCUUGCACACCAUACACAAGGACUGGUUGACUGGUCUGUGAGCUUGUUUUUUUUUUUUUUUUUCUGAAAUUCAAAUAGUCAGCACAACUUUGUUUAACAGAAAAUACACUCUUCUGUCCUGUUGUACACUGCAUUACA